UAAGUGGAAUGGGAGGGUAAAAACACACGACAGUUACAUCCUGUUGUUUUCUUUCACUUUCGAUAGCAGCGAGGAGGAAGAAGGAGGAGCCGAAAGGAGAGACAGAGGAGGUAAAAAAAAAACAACAACACACAACCCCAGCUACAAUGAUCCAUAAAACAAAGGCUCUUUAAACUUGUCAGAGUAAAAUCAAUGUCCAGAGCUUUGUAGUUUUUAAAAGGUGGGGCGGCAUUUCUUCCGGUUUGGCUAAACCUGAAAGGGAAAGUUGAAAAACAAAAACAGACACCUGUUCUUUCUACCAAGUUUCAGACGCUCUUCCUUUGAGGUGAUUAAAAAAAUGGAACAGGAGGAGAAGAACUAUGACCCACUAGAUACCACCCUGAAGUUUGUCAACAGGGACGACUUGGAUCCAACGUUCUCAGAAGACAGCGAUGGUCUCAGAGCAGAGAUGUCCUGCGGUCACGCUGUCGGUCCUGAUUAUCUGACAGAUUGGUGUCUCAACCAGCUGAAGGAGGGUAAAUAUGUAUUUAGAUGCCCUGCAUUGGUGGAAGGUACCGAACUGUGCAAUAAACUGUUGUCAUACCAGGAGGUUUGCAAAAUGGCGGCUUUGACUGUUAAGGAAAUGGAGUACUUUGAAGAGACCAUUCCCCGUCUGGCUGCUGCAAAAUUCUGUGAAAUUAAGCCAUGCCCAAAGUGCAGAACAUAUGUGGAGAGGACAGAUCUCUCCAACCUGUGUGUGCACUGCACCAUCUGUACAGCCGAUCAGAAGAAGAUAUACUAUUUCUGCUGGCAGUGUCAGAGGAAGUGGAAAGGUCCAGGCCCCAGAUCUGACCGCUGCGAAAAUGACGGCUGCAUCAACAAGGACCUUCAACUUCUGCAGACGUGUAAGACCAUCAGUCUGCCUGCUGUGGAGGGGGUCACUGACUGCCCGUCAGUGCGAGCCUGUCCUACAUGUGGCCUGAGUGUGGAACACAAUUCACAAUACUGCAAAAACAUCAACUGCCCUCGCUGUCACAUUGAGUUCUGUUUUGUCUGUCUGAAACUAAAGCUUGAGUGUAAAAAAACAAGUUCUCCAUACAAAAUCUGUCCCAGUGGUGUGGCCCCAAGACAGACCUCCAUCCCUGUGUGGCAGAGGAAAUGAGGGGAAAAGGUCAGGAUUGUGGAAUCCUUUUAUCUGAGGGUAAAAAGCAGCAAUAACAGAAAUUACUGUAGACGUAUUGAAGUAUUUGUUGCUAUAUGAAAAGAUUUUUUAAGCAUUAAUGUAUUAUUGUACUGCUGCCCUCAGAGAGGUGGUUAUGUGAUAGAUACCUGAUAUUUUUAAAGAGUUAAAACAUCAGGAGUUGAUCACAUAACAAGCUCAACUAGAGGUGGAGACAGAUUAAAACAGCUCUUACAAAGAGAGUCUUUUUGGAUGAAUACAUUGGAAAUCCUGCAAUAUCAUGAUCUAAUUGGUCAAAUGGACCUCUAUCUUUUCCUCUAGUUGUCAUAGUCGUCUGAGGAGCUUGUAAAUUCAGUCAAUUAUAUAUAAUACUGUAUGUCAUGAUGUGACUGGUUGUAAAUCUUUAAAGGAAGUAGCUUGGAGGCCAUUUGUACCUGUUCUGAUGAAGGCCUGGCUGAAACAUGUCUGCAUGUUUUGAUGAGUCCAUUGCCCUGAUGAAAUAAAGUUUUUAUUAAUUAUC